AUGAAGUCUACUUCUAAUAGAGAACUAGUAAGCCCUGUUACUGAGGGAGUUCAAGUUAAACUGACUGCAACCCAGGAAAAGGUGAAAAUUGGUCCAAGGGAUAGGUUUUCCUAUUUACCAAAUGGAGAGGAUGAGUUCCUGGUUUUCGUGCCUGUGGAUGAAGAAAUCAUCUUGAGAGCUCAAGAAAAUACAAAGAAUGAAUGUCAGGAUUAUCUGUUAAAUGAGGCAAGGCAUCUUGGGCUGAGUGACGAAUUUGGUCCUUUGGAAUCUGCACAUAUUUUCACCUGGAAGCAGGCAAAGAUGGAUGCAGAUGGGGAAAAUAAAAAGCUGCGCACACGCUCAAAAGGAACCAAGGUUCAAGUGGACUCUAUAGCUCAAGAGCUCAGUGCCUACAAAUGCUCCAUGGCUAAGAAGAGAAAAGCCGAAGAACAGGUAUCAGGCGUUCCCGUCAACAAAAGGAAGUCCCUGUUAAUGAAACCUCGCCACUACAGUCCCAGCUUGGAAUGCAAAGAAGAAAAUGAAGACAGGACUGAUUUACAGGAAGAGAUCAGUGUCCUUGAAAGCAUCUCAACUCCAGAGGAAAGCGCUCCAAAAUCAUCUGAGGAAACCCCUCAUCCAGGUGUGCAUGAAAAUUCCAGUCAAAGAAAAGAUAACUACUCUAGCUAUCAAGACUCUGUGCCCAAAUCUUUGAUGAACAUGGGAAAAUUAUCAAAAGAUGCACCCAGUCAAACAGUGGCAGAAAAUCUAAAUGACAGAGGCAUUCAAUCCUUAAAAACAGAAAGCGAUGAUGCUGAUGAAUGUUACAUGAUUAAUCCAGCUGAAGGAAAGGAAAAGACUGUUAUUUCUGAUCCAAAAUACUGUUCAUCUGAGGAAAAUGAAACUAACUCUGAAAUUAUGGACAAUGAGUGGGACAGCUCCUCAAAUUUCUCAGAAGAAACCAGUGUAAAGCCCCAUGUAACUCAGAAGUAUAUUGUAGAGUGUAAUCAACCUAGCAUACUGGAAGUUCCAGAAAUUAAGAAGGAAGAGGUAGAAUUUGGCCCUUGUGAAACACUUUGUGACUCAGACACAGAGCUAAAAGCACCACAGGAGUCUCACCCAGAUCCUUUUGAGAAGAGAAUUGAAAAUUCCUUCCCUGAAAGUGAAGAAGACGACAACGAGUGCCUGUCAGAAACCACAGAAGUGUCGGUUGAGCUGGACAAAACAAAAGGGAAUUUGAGUUUACUAGAACAAGCAAUCGCUCUGCAGGCAGAGCAGGGGCAUGUGUUUCACAGCACCUACAAGGAACUGGAUAGGUUUCUUCUGGAGCAUCUAGCAGGGGAAAGGAGGCAAACCAAAGUUAUUGACGUUGGUGGGAGACAGAUAUUUAGCAACAAACAUUCACCCAGGCCUGAAAAGAGGGAAACCAAAUGUCCUAUACCAGGAUGUGAUGGCACAGGGCACGUGACUGGGCUGUACCCUCACCACCGCAGUCUCUCAGGCUGUCCACAUAAAGUUAGAGUGCCACUAGAAAUUCUUGCCAUGCAUGAAAAUGUUUUAAAGUGCCCCACCCCAGGAUGCACUGGAAGAGGACAUGUCAACAGCAAUCGCAACACACACAGAAGCCUUUCUGGUUGUCCAAUUGCUGCAGCUGAAAAGUUGGCAAUGUCGCAGGAAAAGAACCAGCUCGAUUCUCCAAAAGCUGGGCAGUGCCAUGAUCAGACUCAGAGGACAAAUUUAGCAAAGCAGCCUGAGGUAUCUCAGUACAAUUACAGAACUUCACAGCCAGUCACCUCCUCCAGAGCCAGUCUGGCAAAAGAACAGGAGAAGUUUGGGAAAGUACCAUUUGAUUAUGCCAGCUUUGAUGCACAAGUCUUUGGCAAACGCACAACAGCACCUGUGGCACAAGGACGAAAAACACCCCAGUUCCUUGAAU